CGGGGUCGCGGGUGGGUGACGCGGCUGUGCGGCCGCUUCCGGUGCGGCGGUGCCGGGCGGGUGAGGAGAUGAGCGGCGGGAGGCGGCGGGAGGAGGCGGCGCACGCGCAGCAGCACGCGGUGGCCAACGGCGGAGCGGGGGCGCGCGGGUCGGUGUGGGGCAAAGCGCUGCGGAGCGACUCGGCCUGGAACGACAAGGACGAGUUUUUAGAUGUGAUCUACUGGUUCCGACAGAUCAUUGCAGUUAUUCUGGGAGUCAUCUGGGGAAUAGUUCCACUGAAGGGAUUCGUGGGAAUAGCAGUAUUCUGCCUGAUCAAUGCUGGUGUUCUGUACCUCUACUUCAGCAGCUUCCAGCAGAUAGAUGAGGAGGAGUAUGGUGGGACGUGGGAGCUGACAAAGGAAGGAUUUAUGACAUCUUUUGCACUGUUUCUGGUGGUGUGGAUAAUCUUCUAUACUGCCAUCCACUAUGAUUGACAGUCUGCAGCUUUUGCCUGUUGAUUCAGUCAUCAGGAAAUCAAGGAGGUUUUAAUGAUGAUUGUCUUGAGUUGGACUAGUGGGAAGGUGAGGGAAGUGACAUCAACUUCCUUCUGCACCAGUGGUCUGAUCAGCCUGAAGGAGCCCAAGUCUUCUGCUGGAGAAGUUUGUCUCCCUUUUAUAUACUCAUUAAUUGUUGGAACUAUUAAAAAGCCAUUGGAAUUUUUGAAAGUGGUUCAAGACUGUUCAGAUUUUGAACUUCCUGUGACUAGCCAGUAACUCUAUCAAGCUCCUGUGUGCUGAAGUUUGAAUCUGUUAAUUUAAUGUAUGUAUGCCCUUCUCUUUGGAAUCUGUAAUUAAAUCCUGACUUGUCUUCCAUUGCUGUCCUUUAGACAAACAGUUUUUAAAAAGCAGUUUUAGGGUAGGAGGAAUGCACUGCAGCAUCCAGGACAUGAGUUGAGUGGCUGUCCAUCCUUAGCAUGUUUUUUGUAAUAAUCAGAUCUGAUUUGAUUAAACAGACUCUAUUGUUACCAUUUCUAAUAUUUUUGUUUUACUUGCAAACCAGUCGAUUACCAGAAUUUUUAAAUGGUCUUUGCUGAAGACAAAUUUUUAAGCAACUUUGCUAGAAAAAAUUGUGUUUCAUUUCAUUAACAAAGAUUUAAUGCAAGGUGUGUUUGGGGGGGGCUUAGAAAUUCCAUUGCAUUCUGCUGGCCUGGCUAGUAAGUUGCUAGCAUGUACCUCAGAGCUUGGUAGUCUUGAAGGACACUCAUUCUGAAGAAACCUUUUUAAAUAGUAAGCAUUUAAUUUGUAAUUUUUUUUUUUUAAACUCUUGAAUUCAACUUGUUAAUAAAUGCAGGAGACUAAGACACAAUUGAGGCAGCUAUUAUCUUAAAUGCAGAAUUACUGACUUGCAGAUCAAGUGAAGUACAGAGCUUCUGGUUUGUGAGGUGCUUUUUAUGAGCUGACCACGUCACAGCUCAGUUCCUCCCUAGUCACACCCAGCUGGUGCAUCACUGGGGGAGUCUCUGCUUUAAGGUAUUUUAAAGGACAUUUUGUCUCUCAGAAACACUUCUUGGGAAACACGCACAGUUCUUGUUACUCUCAGAUGAUCCUAUAGUCUUGUUGCCCUCUGGUCCUUGCUUUUCUAAACAGCUCAGGCACCCAGAAAGAGUCCUGACCUCCAGCUGCCUUAUAAUGAGGAGUUGAUGGUUUUAGGGAGUGCUUCUGAGCACCUGCUGCUUCUCUUGGAAGAACAGCCUGGUUCUCAGACCUGAGUAUGCAAAGCCAGGGACCUGAGUGGGGGCUCCACUUCCAUUCUUAGCAGGGAAAAUGCUGUCUGCUUUUGGUGGAAAAUGCACACCUGGCUGUUCUGGGCCCUUGGGAUGCCAAGGGGAGAGUGCAAUAGCAGACAGCUUCUGCUACUUGUGAGUUGCCAAUUAAAGUAAAUUAUCUGCCCAGUGUUAAACCGUGACAUUAUCUCAAAUAAAAACUACUCUUACUUGCUCCUCCCCAUCCUUAAAUUCUCAGUCUUUUAGUCUUACACUUCAUUUUUCUGUUCUUUCAGCUGAAAGCAUUCAUUUUCCACAAGAAUUGCACAGCCUGCUAGUUCUAGGUCACCCUUUCCUACGGGCAUCUCUGCAUCUCAGCUACCAGUAAAAUCAGUGUAUACUUGAAAUGCUCUAAUAAAUGUCACCUGGAUAAUCCACUGUGCA